AACUGCCGACUACACAAUGCGAUCCACUUACGAUAACCCGCCCGGGUAUAGUGGCAUGAACAGCCCCGCGCAUCACCCCUUAACCGCGCUCAGCGCCAUUACCUAUCAAUCGAUUCGGCACACGCCUACAGAAUCGACACCGACAAGCCUGACUGAGAUCUCAUAUUAACCUCACGUCUCUCUGCCGCCUCGACGACUCUUGUCCACUUUCCACAGCCGCUCACUUCCACCCAGCUUCGACCCAUCCUAGUUGUUUAGGUACUACUCGUUCAAGCUUCUCUUCCCUCAGCCCGCCCAACCCGCCUGCUCGCUACACACAAUGGGCAGCAACUCGGCCAACCAGACGCGGCAGCUCAGCGUCGUCGUCACCGGCGGCGCGAGCGGCCUCGGGCUCUCGAUGGCGAAACAUUUCGCAUCGCAGGGGCACAAGGUGGCCAUUCUCGACGUCAACGCGAACAACGGGCCUCAGGUCGCCGCCCAGGUUGCCGCGGAGAACCCCGGGUCCACGGUGACCUUUGAGCGCUGCGACAUCGCCUCGUGGCACGACGUUUCCGAGGCCUUCCGCUACGUAUACCAGCGCUACGGCGCCAUCCACGUCGUCUUGGCCAACGCCGGCAUCUCCGAGCAGGGCGUCAGCAGCCUUACGCUCGUCGACGAGGAAGAGCCCUCUCAACCACGAUUGCGCACGCUCGAGGUCAACCUCACAGGCACGAUAUACACUGUCAAGCUCGCGGCCCACUACAUCAAAAAGAAUCAGCCAGAUCCCACGACGGGGUCGCGCGGUAGCAUAAUCUGCACGGCAUCGAACGCGGGUCUCUACCCUUUCCCCGUAGCGCCGGUGUACGCUGCAUCCAAGGCCGGCGUCAUUGGGCUCGUGCGGUCGCUCGCCCGCGUCCUCGGGCGCGUAAACAUCCAGAUCAACGCUCUGGCUCCUGCCGUUCUCGAGAGCUCGAUCGCGCCAUCGAAGGCCCUGUUUGAAGAGAUGAUCGUGACGCCCCCGGAGACGCUAGUACGCGGCGUCGCUCAGCUGGUCGGGGACGCCAGCGUGUCCGGGGCCGUGGCCGAGAUCCACGGCGACAAGGUUACGAUACGGCCGCAUCACGACUACGUCGACGAGGACACGGAGGCCAACUUGGAGACGUUCUGGAGACGCGGUGAGGCUUAAAGCCACCUUACUUAGCGGCAUACUACUACUCACUUGAAGGGGGCGUCGGCCUCGGGCCUCGGGUAACGGUACACAGGUUGUAAGAUGGAAAAACAGCGUGUAGCUAUAGAAUUCGCGGGAGACGACUGCGUACGGAGUCAGCGGGAUCCCAGCCGGGCUCGGCUGGGCACUUGGGCAUAGUAAUGGCAUUGUUAUGUUGGCAUGCCUUGGCACCUUACAUCGGUGUAAUUCCUUGGGUACAUUUUCACG